CUUAUAUAAAUAUCUCCACAUUCAUAUUCCUCAUUUCAACAUCAUCAAAAGAAUUUCACAAAUUCUCUCAAACACUCUAAUCAAUCAUCAAUUCACUGUUCAAAUCAAUCAAAAAAAAAAAAAAAAAAAAAGCAAUCAACAAUGUAGCUGAUUCCAAGCUUCUUGGGAAACCGAAGGAACAACACCUUCGACCCCUUCGCAAUGGACCAGUGGGACCCAUUCGAGGGCUUUCCCUUCGCCGGAAACCUAAACCAGUCUCUCUCCUCUGGCAGCACCUCCGCCCGCGACACCGCCUCUUUCGUCAACGCCCGAAUUGACUGGAAGGAGACACCUGAGGCGCACGUGCUCAAGGCGGAUCUUCCUGGAGUGAAGAAGGAGGAGGUGAAGGUUGAGGUGGAAGAUGGGAAGGUGAUCCAGAUCAGCGGAGAGAGAAACAGGGAGAAAGAGGAGAAGAAUGACACGUGGCACCGUGUUGAGCGAAGUUCUGGAAAGUUCUUGAGGAGGUUUAGGUUGCCUGAGAAUGCGAAGAUGGAGGAGAUUAAGGCGAAUAUGGAGAAUGGUGUUCUUAUUGUUACUGUUCCUAAAGUUGAGGAGAAGAAGCCUCAGCUUAAAUCAAUUGACAUUUCUGGCUGAAAUUAUCCUCUGUUUUCUAUCAAAUGGCAUAUCGUAUUAUCGUCUGCUUUCGGUUCCUCUAGUUUGAUUUAGUGAUCUAUGUUAAUAGUAUGAAUAUAUAAAUAAUAAGUAUGUUUAUGUAUUACUGAUGCUUACUAUGUAAUCUUUAAUUUGAUCUUAAUAAAUUUUAUUAAAUCUUGAGUUAAA